AUGGUUUAUAUAAUCGAUCAUAUUUUUCUCAUAAUUGUCUCAAUAACAAUUGUAAGAACAAAACCAUGUAAUAUACUUGAAGAUAUGUCAUGUGAAUGUCAUAAAUCAUCAAAUAAUGAAAGUGAACAAUUAAAUUGUGUAAAUUAUUUUAAACCAAUAAAUACAACAAUUCAAUUAACAAAUAUAACAUUAGAAAAUCCACGUUCAUUUGAUUCAUUUCAUUUAACAUUUCAUGCACAAGAAUUUAAUAUAAGUACAACAUUUAUUAAUCAAUUAUCUUAUUUAUUUCCACGUACAUCAUCAUUAUUAUCAUCAUUACGUGGUAUACAACAACGAACAAUUAAAAUUAUUUUAACAUUUCAAGAUUAUCGUAAAAUACAUUUUGAAGAUUAUUCAUUUUAUCAAUUAUUUGGUGAAAGACCUGAAUAUACAACAAGUCUUUCAUUAGAAUUAACAUCAAAUGGACAUAUUACAUUUUCACCAAUGGCAUUUAAUCAUUUAACUGUUGAUCGUAUGUCUUUACAUAGUUCAUCAUUAGAACCAUAUUCAUUUGAAGAAAUAUUUAAUAAUACGAAAAUUGGUAGUUUAUCUAUUGAAGGUUGUACACCUCGAAAUAAUAAUACAUUAGGUCGAUAUUUUAAAGGUCAAAUUCGUUCUGCAAAAUUUACAAAAAUGGCUGAACAUGUUUCAAGUGAAGAAUUUCCUAAAUAUCCAGUUAGUUCAAUGAUUAUUGAAGCACAUGAACCAAGAAAACUUAAUGCAUCAACAUUUAUUAAUUAUUAUAAUUUAAAUGGUGUUAAUUUAGUUCGACCAAAAUUUUUCUUUGAUAAUAAAUCUUUUGAUGGUUUUCAAUAUUUAGAAAAUCUUGAAGCUAUUGAACUUGAUGCUGAAACAAUAAAAGAUAAUACAUUUCAACAUGUUAAUCGUAUAAGAUUUUUUACACUUGGACAAAAUGUUCGUUAUUUAUCUGAACAUUCACUUGAUCAUUUAGAUUAUUUAACACGUCUUGAUUUAUCAAAAGUUAUUCUUGAUCAAUUAUAUCCAACAUCAAAAUGUAUUUUAGCACGUUAUUUAAAUAAACAACAAAAAUUAAAUCCAUCAAUGAUUAUUCUUCCACCACAAGCUGAAUUUUGUGAUUGUGUUUAUGAUUUUAUAUUAAAUAUUUUAAAUAAAAAAGCUGAACAAUCUUAUAUUGAUUUAUGUCAAACUACUCAACAAGAACGUUGUCAAUUAAGUGAAUGUGAUGUUGUUAAAAAUUUUCGUAUACCAUUACAAGAAAAUAAUAUAGAACAACAUAUUAUUCCAUCAAUUGAUGAAAGUUUUAUUGAUACACCAAUAUCAUUUUAUCCAAUUGAUGAUCCAAUAACAACAACAACAACAACAGCAACAACAAGAGCACCACCACCACCAUUACCACCAGUUUAUUAUCAACCAAUUCAUAUACCUCAACAUCCACCUGUUUAUCAUAGUUCUCAAUCAGAUGAUAAUAAUGAUGAUGAUUCAGUUGGUUCAUCUUUUGCAGAUACACAGGUGAUUAUUAUUGAUCCAAUACAGUUGUCAUCAUCAUCAUCACCACCACCACCACCACGAUCUUAUUUCGUGGGUUUACAUGCAUCAUCAUUCAAAAUCAAUAAACCAAUUGAUCCAAAUGCAAUACCAACAGAUGAUCAUGAUGAAAAUUUAAAUUUACCAACAACAAUACAUAAAUCACAAUCUUUACAUAAUAAUUAUGAUGAAUAUUAUCAAAUUUCAAAAAAAAAUAAAAUAUUAAAAUGGAUAUCAUUAACAUUAGUAGGUAUUACAAUUUUAAGUAUUAUUCUUAUUGGUACAAUGGUAUGGUUUUAUACUUAUCAUGUACCUAAAACACAUAAUAAAGCCAAAUUUCAACGUGUUCCACCAACUAGUUCAAAUGUUUAA